AUGGUUAGAAUUGCAAAGAGAAACAAGAAGUCGCUUAGGCGCCAGCAGAGGUUUGCAAAAUAUGUGGUUGAAAUGCUAAAGUCUGAGAAAGAAGAUGCUGACAAGUGUAUAACGACUCCAGGAACUCAUGGUGUGUUUGAUGUACGGCUUUCAGGACAGACAUAUGACGUCAAUACUAAUAGGAUGACUUGUACAUGCGGGAAGUGGCAGAUAACUGGUAUUCCAUGUGAGCAUGCGUAUGGAGCAAUGAUAGAUGUAGGCUUAGAUGUUGAUGAAUAUGUUUCUGAGUUCUUCUCAACACAUCUAUGGCAACAAACUUACAGUGAGUCGAUCAACACGGUUAGAGGUCCACGUUUCUGGAUGAAAAAGGAUAAGUACAAGUUGGUUGUUGAAGCACCUGAGCCUGCACUUCCUGGUAGGAAGAAGAAAAACAAGAAAAAAAAGUUUCCGAGAUUCAAAGGCAAAAAUGAAUCGCUAAAGAAGAAGAAGAAGACAGUAGAGACUCUUGGAAGGAAAGGUCGCACCAUGCAUUGUUCUAAAUGUGAAGAAACUGAUCAUAAUGCAGCAACAUGCAAGUUACACCCGAAGAAAAAGAUCAAGAAAGAGCCUAAAGAGAAGGAACAAGGAAGCACUUCGGGUCUCAAUGGCACGACACACCAAUCUCAAACAAUUCAAGACUAA